GGCCGCAGCGUCUCGCUGCUCCGCCCCGUUACGUACUAGGCCCUAUGCCAUCCGUGCUGAAUGCGCCUGCGCGCUGCAGGGACCCGGAAGUUGGUGCUUUUUUUUGAUCUAGUGCCGAGUUGGCUCCUGGGUAAGGGAAGCCGGUGUUCCACAGGUUGGGAGGGGUCGGCGGGGGGGUCGCUGUGCGACAUGGAGACUGGGGGGCGCCCGUCGGUCGGACAGGUCAUCCUGCUCGGCGCCAGUUCCGCCAUCACCGCGCUUUUCUACUCCAUCUACCGCCAUAAGUACCGCUCUGUCCAGGCGCUGAAGGAAGCCAAGAGGUUCUCCCUGACUGACGACCUGCAGGCGGUUCUGUCGGACCUUCCCGGGAAGUGUGUCCCCUACGCCGUUAUAGAAGGGGCUGUGACUUCAGUGAAGGAGUUCUGAGGCAGUCAGUAUGUGGAGAACUGCAGGGGGUGAUCCAGAGACUGUCACUUGAAAGAGCACAAGAUGGUGUGGAACAGAACCACCCACCUCUGGAACGACCACGAGAAAAUCAUCCACCAGAGAAGCAACACCGUCCCCUUCGACCUGGCCCCGGAGGAGUCAUGGGCGGCCGGGGUGUCGGUGCGGGUGGUCCGGCCCUUGGAAGCCGUGGAUCUGGGCCUGGAGACCGUCUAUGAGAAGUUCUACCCCGCAGUCCAGUCCUUCCCCAACAUACUGGGCCAUUACAUGACCGGGGAGCGGCCCAAAGGGUGCAGGAGACCGGAGGAGAUGCUGAAGCUCGGGGCGGCCAUUACGGGCAUCGGGGAGUUGGUUCUGGACAACAAGACCAUCAAGCUGCCGCCCAAGGCCGGUUGUGUUACUACCUGAGCGGCACCCGACUUCCCGGGGCUCCUGGAGAGGCAGGAGGGGGCAUGCGCCUGGUGGCGGAUCCUCAGCAUCGUGUUCGGCGCCGCCACCUGCGUCACCCUCUUCUUCAUCCUCCGGCGCCAGUACCGCCAUCGCAAGGAGAAGCACCAGCUCCAGAACCUGCAGAGAGAGUUCGAGGAGUCGAGGGCCCGGCAGAGAGUCCAGCAGGAACAGCACAACGAGGAGGAAGUACGAAACCCCUGCGCCAUUUGCCUCGGCAAAGAGAGGUCCUGCGUCUUCCUCGACUGCGGCCACAUUUGUUCCUGCUACCCCUGCUACCAGGCCCUGCCCAGCCCCAAAAAGUGCCCCAUGUGUCGCAAUGACAUUGCCCGAGUGGUCCCUCUGUAUAACAGCUAGGGGGCCCCCCAACUUUGUGCCCAGCGACCCCUCGGCAUCUCCGCAGUCUUCCCUUCCCAGGGAAAUUACCGGAGAAAAAGAGCUGGAAACAGGGAAUUUGCAGUAAAUGGGCCCUGCGACUCCUGCUGGUGGGAUAGAGAACUGCAGGCCCAGGGGAAAGUGAUGAAGUUAAUGGGCCCAAGCUCCUCCUGCUGGUGGGAUAGAGAACUGCAGGCCCAGGGGAAAGUAAUGACGUUAUUGGGCCCAGCUCCUCCUGCUGGUGGGAUAGAAAACUGCAGGCCCAGGGAAAGUGAUGACGUUAAUGGGCCCAGCUCCUUCUGCUGGUGGGAUAAAGAACUGCAGGCCCAGGGGAAAGUGAUGACGUUAAUGGGCCCAGCUCCUCCUGCUGGUGGGAUACAGAACUGCAGGCCCAGGGGAAAGUGAUGACGUUAAUGGGCCCAGCUCCUCCUGCUGGUGGGAUACAGAACUGCAGGCCCAGGGGAAAGUGAUGAAUGGUCCCUGCAGCAGGAUGUAAGGCAAAGCUAAGCCUUCCCUGUACUCCAGUCACAUGAUUCAACUGCCGUAGGUUGUAUAAAGGGUCUGUAACUGGGGGUGGGGGGCAGGUUUAGGAAGAGAGGUGCCCGUGUUGCCGCCAGUGUAUUACCUGUUUCAUUGCUUCCACCCACGGUUGCCAUUGGUUACUGCGGUGAAGCAAUGGGGUCAAUCUGAAUCAAUGGCCUCUGGUGUCUGCCCCAGGAGAUUAACGCGGCUCUUUAGGAUGCAGGGAGUUGUAGUUCUUUCAGCCCACUUGGUGCCUAAAGAUUUCAUUGCAAUAAUAGAAAUAUAGAUAUAUAAAUAUUCAUCAUAUAAAGAUUGAAAUAAAUCUAUUUUUGGAACAGUUUUCAGAACAUUCGUGGAACAAUUUUUUUUUAAGCAGAAAUUUAUCAUAAAAAUUCAAUAGUUCCCUUGGUAACACCUUAAGCACGUGGUUGGCAAGGUGGUCACUGACCCUAGCAACCAAGCGUAAGGCAUUUGAACACUUAUUCUAUCUAACUGGGAAUCUGAAUGACUUCAUGGUUUUCCUAGUGAUAAUUCUGUAAGGAGGUUGAACUU